GCGGCCGCAUGCCCUGAUCUCAAAGGAAAGUGCCAUUUGUUGGCCGGAAGAUGUACAGCAAGGCUGUAGCGCUGUCUGUGUUGUUGUCAAGUCUGUUUCACGAUUGUGCACUGGGCGUGGAAGACGAUGAUGCUCCCGUAGAGAAUCUCCUCCCGUACUUGGAGCAAUGCUGUCUUCUCGGACAAGAGUUCGCGCGCUCUCGGCACUCGUGCAAGGCCGAGAAGCUGGCUAUGCUUCGGAAUAGGGUCCCUGUCUCCCUCGGGCUCUCAAACAUCACAUGCUCGAUCUCGAUAGCUUCAUGCUGCGAGGAAACGCUUGAGAGAGAAAUCCAUUGUGACCAAGGUGUGAAGUCUGCGAGCGCCGAAGCAACGUGCUCCUAUCAAACUGAUUUGACGGCAAGGGCCUGUUGCAACUGGUGCCGCGCAGGAUUGAAGAGAGAGAGACUCAAAAUGUCGUGCGAUGAGCUCCCUCCCGAGAUUCCCCUUCUCGCGCGUGAGGCGUACAUGUCCUGCUGUCAAGGGAGCAAGUCACCAAAAAUCAAGAAGAAGUGCGGACCCAAUGACUGCAGCAACACUUCGCUAACUACGUGCAUCGACCCAAUUGAAAGAUGUACCUACGACGAUCAGAACUGCCACUACCGAUGCGUGGACAGCGCUGUGAGCUGUGGCGUAGGCUUUCAGAUCGACGAAUACGGGCGGUGUAACGACAUCGAUGAAUGCGCGCUCCGAACGCAUUCGUGCGGGCCUCAAGAGAUAUGCCAGAACGUCUACGGAACGUACAACUGCAAGCCUUGCAAUUGUUAAAUUGGAGAAUAAGCCACUCCGGGUGGAUGGACGGACGGACGGCUGACUGUGCUGAAUUAUUGAUCUGUUGCCGUUCCCAGAUAUUCUCACUUCUCUCUGUAAAUGCAUUCCAGCGGUGGAGUCAGAAAUAAAUGAGAUAAUAAUUAUUAUAAACG